AUGCCCGUCCCACCAUGCAAGCCCCCUUGCCCCACCCCCCCAGGCGGCGUCGUGCUGCACGGCGCGAGCCUGCGGCUUCUGCACCGCCACAGGCGCGAGCUGCAGCGCUGCGCCGCGCUGUUCGGGCAGGUGCAGCAGCAGCUGGCAGGCGCGCAGCGCGCGCUCGCGUCCGCAGCGCGCGAGUGGCGCAGCGCGGCCUCCGACCUGGCGCGCCGCAUGGGGCAGCUGGCCUCAGACCUGUCUAACGCAGGCGCGGCGGCCCCCAACCCGCGCGGCGACCUCACGCUACUGCUCUGCAGCGGCGCCGUCACGCAGGCGCGCAACACGCGCACAUGCGAAAGGGGGCUGCAGCAGUUCCUGCUCACCACGCUGGGCGAGGCCGGCCUGCGGCGCCUGGCGCGCCAGCUUGACCUGGCCGCCGACGCGCUGCACUCCGCACUGCUGCGGGGCGCGCUGCCGCGGCUCGCGCUGGCGGCGUUCUGCCUGGGGGAGAUGCGGGGCCUUGCGGCGGCAGCGUGGGGGCUGCAGCGGCUGGGGCUGCAGCCCCACCAGGUCGAGGCCCUGGAGCUGUCUGCCGUCCGCGCGCUGCUGCGCGCCGAGCGCCUGCGCCUCGUCGUCGGCGCGACGGCGUGCCAGUACCGCUGCCUCUUCAGCUGGCUGCUGCGCGUGCUGCGCAUGCUGGACACCCAGGGCAGUGCUGAGCCGGAGCCGCAAGGCUACAACGGGCCGACGCCACCGCCAGAGCAGCUGCGAGACAUCCGCGUGCUGCUGCGCGGCCAGCUGGCGCAUGACACCAUAGGGCCAGAACUCAAGGCGGACCCUCUCGACGCAGAGGCUCAGGAGUGCGCCGCCGCCGCACUCAGCGGGUCCAUCAGCCAAGAGCAGUGCGAGCGCCUGCUGCGCACGCUCUUCCCCUGCCGCCCCGAGCCCGGCGCCGGCGGCGCCGGCGCCGGCGACGAUGCGGGCCCGGGUGGCGCGGACCAAGGCGGCCCGGCGGACGCGUGGCUGGCCGCUGCAGAGGGCUGGCACGACGGCGGCGGCGGCGCGGACGGCAGCCCGGACGCGGCGGCGGCGGCGGCGGCGCGCGGGCUGUCGUUGGUGGGUAUGUUGCAGCAGCUAUCGGAGGACUGCGAGUCGGCGUUUGAGCAGGCGCAGCAGAUCAUCAGCGGCAGCAUGGCGCCGCUGCUGCAGCUGCAGCUCGCGCCGCCGCCGGCGCGGCCCCCGGGAGCCGCGGGCACGAGUGGCGGCGGCGGCGGCGGCGGCGGCGGCGGCGGCGGCGGCGACGGCACCGAGGCGUUGGAGGCGCCGAGGGUGUGCGCCGCGUCGCCGCUGCCGCAGGCGCAGGCCGAGGCGGACGGGGUCGUGUCGUUCGCCUGCGCGCUGCCGCCGGGCUGGGCGCUCGGCGCGGCCGCGGGGCAGCAGCAAAUCCUGGCGGUGUGCCUGCAGCCCCUUCAGGGCGGCGGCGACGGAGCAGGGCCGGGCUGGGCAGGGCUGGCAGCGCGGGGAUGCCUGCUGACUGUGCCGGCCGGCUGCCAGGUCGCUGACCUGGCGCUGUACAAGGGGCAGAGGCUGGCUCUGCUCAGCACCGAACACAGCUCAGGCACGGCCUCCCUGGCACUCUUUGACCUGGAGGGCGCCCCCUGGGCAGACCUGUCCCUGAGCCUGGGCGCCCCAAGCGCCCUAGAGCAGUGCGCAGCGGCAGCCGCAGCAGCAGCUGCAGCAGCAGUAGCAGCAGGAGGAGGAGCAGGAGCAGCAGCAGCAGCGCCGGCCGGCUUGAUGUGCCUGUCCUCGUUCCCCGCGCGGCGGCGGCGGCUGGCGGCCGGCGCUGUCGCCCCUCUGGCGGUCAGCCGGCAGCGCGGGCUGGCCUGCGUGGUGUCUGACGUGCUGAGGGCGGCAGUGUUUGAUCUCGAGGAGGACGAGGAUGAUGAGGAGGGGGAGGAGGAAGAGGAGGAGGCGGAAGAGGGGGAUGAGGGCAGCGAACGGGGCGGCCGAGCCGGGGUCGACGGCGGCGACGACGAGAUGGAGUCUUGA